CUAUUAUAUUAUAUUUACCUGUACGCCUCUAUAAUAAAUACAUAUGAUUGAAAAAAAAACAGCAUAAAUAUGUGACAGUUUCUCAUAUUUCCACUUCUUAAUAGCAUUUUUUUUUUUGUUCUUCCAACUAUAAGCAUCCUUUAUUUAAAUGCAAACCAUUAACGUCCAAAAAGCAAAUUUUACUCAAAGGAAUAGAGCUACUCCACCAGAUCCGAAAAAAGUUAAACUUAAAUUUGAUUAUUCAUCUAGUCAAGAUGGGGUUGAUUUUAAUCUUCUCAUCUUAUUACACGGCUUAGGCGAUACAAAAAAGCCAUUUUUAAAUCUUGGGAAAAAGCUUCAGUUACCUCAAACUGCUAUAUUAUCUGUACAAGCACCAGAAGAGAUACCCUAUAUGGAUGGAUGUUAUCAAUGGUUUCCUAGCUUUAACAUGUUAACGGUCCUAACAUCAAGAAACCCUGAAAGAUGGAAAGGAUUAUUACGUACACGCGCUUUAAUGAACGAACUUAUAGAUCAUCUUAUUCGUAGCUGUGGUUUUAAUCCAUCUAAUAUAUUCUUAUUUGGGUUUUCUCAGGGAGCUACGAUUGCUCUAGAUGUGGCUAUGUUUGGUAAAGUGCCGAAUUUAGGUGGUGUAGUAAGUAUUAGUGGCUAUUUACUUGAAGAACAAAGUAAUGAACAAAGUAAAUAUGCUGGAUAUAUUCUCAUUACUCAGGGUGAUAAAGAUAAUACGAUUGGCAGUAAAUCAGAGGCAGAAAAAAGGUUUAAAAUGAUUAAAAAUAAAUGUUCUCCUUCAGCAGAAGUAUCUCAAGUUUUUAUCGAAAACAAAGACCACACUAUGCCUACUUCUGAGAAAGAAUGGCGUAUAAUUCAUACAUUCUUUGGAAAAAAUAUGCCAAGACGAAAUAUUGAAUUGGAGAAUAUGUCCGAUGUUUAUUUAGUCAAUCCUUAAAAAAAAAGUAGUUAUAUUUUACCCCAUCCAUCACCAAAUUCUCCACAAUACUUAUUAAAUUCAUUAAACGUAUUACACCAUUUUUUGUAAAGUA